AUGGUGCGAGGCGUUGCUCUUGUUCGGGGCGACUCGAAAAUUACCGGGGUAGUGAGCUUUGAGCAAAUCGAUGAGAAAUCCUCUACAACCAUUUCCUGGGACCUUACUGGAAAUGAUCCCAAUACGCAGCGUGGGUUCCACAUUCAUCAAUUUGGCGACAACACCAAUGGAUGUACAUCUGCCGGCCCGCACUUCAAUCCCUUCGGUAGAGCCCAUGGUGGCCCCGGUGACUCUGAACGCCACGUCGGUGACUUAGGAAACUUUAAGACUGAUAGAGCUGGCAACUCUAACGGCACAAUGCAGGACCACUUCGUCAAGUUGAUUGGUUUGGAAAGUGUGCUUGGUUCAUUCAUGCUGGUACGGAUGAUUUGGGCAAAGGCCAUAAUGCGGAGUCUAAAAGAACUGGCAACGCAGGACCUCGUCCUUCUUGUGGUAAGUGGUGGCCCCCAUGAAAAGGCUCUCGCGUUUAAUAUUGUCGACAGGUGUGAUAGGGCUUGCGGCAGAGUCGAGUGUUUCGGCCAGGCUGAACUUGCUGAAGUCGGUCUCGCCUUCCCAUCUGUGAAUGUGCGGCAUAUCGUGGCGGGCCAAGGCCGGGCAUCUGUUUUAUGUCUUGGGGACUAA